UGAAACUAAAUUGGGAAGGUGCUCUUGCGGCUUAAGAGACAUUGGGACUUUUCUGUCCUUUUUUUUUUUUUUUUUUUUAGAUAGUCUUGCUCUGUUGCCCAGCCUGGAGUGCAGUGGCGGGAUCUCCGCUUACUGUAAGCUCCGCCUCCCGGGUUCAGGCCAUUCUCCUGCCUCAGCUUCCUGAGUAGCUGGGACUACAGGCGCCUGCCACCACACCCGGCUAAUUUUUUUUGUAUUUUUAGUAGUGACGAGGUUUCACUGUGUUAGCCAGGAUGGUCUCGAUUUCCUGACCUCGUGAUCCACCCUCCUCGGCCUCCCAAAGUGUUGGGAUUAUAGGCAUGAGCCACCACACCCAGCCUUCUGUCCUACUUAAGAACUUUGAUUUCCAUUCCAUAUUCAUUUAUUACUGUGUAGGCUGAAUUUUUGCUAAACUUCUGACUUUUAUAUAAAUGUAUUGUUUAUAGAACAUCAGAAGACUUAUCUUUGUGAUGCCCAAAUGAAAAAGUUGGUGAAGCACUGGGCAAACCAGUCUGUGCACCAAAAAUGUCUAAAACUGGAACCAAGAUUACCUUCUAUGAAGACAAAAAUUUUCAAGGCCGUCGCUAUGACUGUGACUGCGACUGUGCAGAUUUCCACACAUACCUAAGUCGCUGCAACUCCAUUAAAGUGGAAGGAGGCACCUGGGCUGUUUACGAAAGGCCCAACUUUGCUGGGUACAUGUACAUCUUACCCCAGGGAGAGUACCCUGAAUACCAGCGUUGGAUGGGCCUCAAUGACCGCCUCAGCUCCUGCAGAGCUGUUCAUCUGCCUAGUGGAGGCCAGUAUAAGAUUCAGAUCUUUGAGAAAGGGGAUUUUAAUGGUCAGAUGUAUGAAACCACUGAAGAUUGCCCUUCCAUCAUGGAGCAAUUUCAUAUGCGAGAGAUCCACUCCUGUAAGGUGCUGGAGGGUGUCUGGAUUUUCUAUGAGCUACCCAACUACCGUGGCAGGCAGUACCUCCUGGACAAGAAGGAGUACCGGAAGCCCAUCGAUUGGGGUGCAGUUUCCCCAGCUGUCCAGUCUUUCCGCCGCAUUGUGGAGUAAUGACAUGAAUGGGGCCAUAUUCUUCCUGAGGCCCAAAUGCUGGCUGGCCUUGUGGUCCAAAUAGGCAUCAUCAAUAAAACAGUUGGCAUGCAUCCCACUGCUGACUAUAACGCCUCUCCUUAAAUGCUUCUAGGGGCCAGCAAUAUAAUGCUCGCCACGGUGGGCAGUUACACUAAGCAACACAUCCACCAGAUCACCGAUCUAGAUCUUUGUGCCAAACAAAAUGAGUCUCAUUAAAAGGUUAGAAAGUCA